AUGUUUGAAGAAUUUGUUGAUAAAUUAAAUAAAAAUCCUCCUCAAUUUAAUUUAAAAUAUUAUUCUGCUCGUGAUCUUGUUAUUCGUUAUCGACGUAAAACACUUAUUCUUUUUAAACUUAUUUUAUUACAAAAAAAAAUCCAAACAAUAAUCAAUCUUGUCUCAUUAAUUCCUAAUUUAAUUGAAACAGGUUUAAAUGAAUGUACAUUAAUUGGUGAAAGAGGUGAUAUUGAAAAUGAAAUAAAUUUAAAUGAAAAUAAAGAUAUUGUUUUCGAAAGAAAUGAUGAUAAACAAAUUGAUUUUGAUAAUAUUAAAUUAAAACCAUUAAAAAUAACUAGUGAUGAUGAUAAUGAUCAAUCGGCAAGAAUAUCAAAUGAAUUUCAACAAACAAUAAAUGAAGAUAUUAAAAAUAAUUUACUUAAAAGAGCUACAUCAAUAACAAAUAAAUUAACAGAUACUUUUAAUCGUUUAACAUCAUCAUCAUCAAUAUCAAUAACAAUAAAUAAUAUUAACAAUAAUUAUUCAAUUGAUCAAUAUCAAUUUUCAUAUGAUUUAUUUAAAAAAAAUAAUCUUCUUCAUCUGUAUAUAUCAAUAUAUAGUCUUGAUAUAAUUAAUAAUCGAAAUAUAAAUUCAUAUUUAAUUAGUAGAAAUGUCCAAUUUGAAGAAGAAAUACAUCGUUUAUUUAAAAUUUAUCUAUUAUCAUUAUUAUGUGUAGCUCGAACUCUUAAUGAUGAAGCAAUUAAUAAUUUUAAUCGAUUAUUUGUUAAAUCAUUUCAAUCAACAGAUGCAUUCCAUUUAUGGCAAUCAAAAGGACCUUAUCUAUAUAUUGAUGAAAUUCUUUCACGACAUCCACAAGCAGGACAACUUAAUGUAACUGAUGUUAAAUUACGUUUUGCUCAGUAUGUAUUUAUUUAUUUAUUUCCUAAAAUAAAAUAUUGUUUUAAAAGUGUUCUUGAUGAUACUGAAACUGGUAGAAAAUUAAAAGGUGCAUUUGAAGAUACAUCUCAAUUUAUGAGUGAAAAAUUUCGAGCAGCAACAAAAGUACCUGGACAAGCAAAAAAUUCUCUAUUUACUUCAGUUAUUGCAACAUUUAAUCAAGGUAAACAAUGGUUAUCAAAAGGUCAAUCACUAUCUACAUCAUCGGAUUAA